UGGGGCCCCCUACUGACCCCGGGCCCUCAGGCAGUGCCCGAGUUUCCAAAUGGUCAGUCCGCCCUCAUCAGCUACCUGCAUAAUAGAUGCCACCUGUCGGUGUCCAUCAGUGCCAGCAGUCAGUGCUCAUCAGUGCCACAUGCCAGUGCCCAUCAGUGCCCCAUCAAUGCCACAUAUCAGUGCAUACCAGUGAACAUCAAUGCCACAUAUCAGUGCCCAUCUGAGCUGCCUUUCAAUGUCACCCAUCAGUGCCAGUCAGUGCCACCUAUCAAUGCCAAUCAGUGCCACCUGUCAGUGCUGCCAAUCAGUGCCACCUAUCAGUGCCAGUGUCGCCUAUCAGUGUGCAUCAGUGCUGCCUAUCAGUUCCAGUCUGUGCCGCCUAUCAGUGCCAGUCAGUGCCAUAUAUCAGUGUCAUGUAUUAGUGCUGCCUUUUCAGUGCCCAUCAGUGAUGCCUGUCAAUGCCCAUCAGUGCAACCUACCAGUGCCUCCUCAUCAGUGUCCAUCAGUGCAGCCUAUCAGUGGCCAUCACUGCAGCCUCAUUAGCGCACAUCAGUGAAGGAGAAAAAUCACUUAUUUACAAAAUUGUAUAACAAAAACUAAGAAAAACUUUUUUUUUUUUUUUUUUCAAAAUUUUCAGUGGUUUUUGGUUUGUUUAAGAAAAAAUAA